AUGGGAUUGGAUGAUGAGUUGUGGGAUAUUCUUGAAGAUGGAGUUGAUGAUCUGGACCUGGAUGAGGAAGGAGCUGCUAUUGACAGAAAGAUACACACUCCUGCUCAAAAGAAACUCAAGGUUCUUUAUCAGAAGCUGCAAGAAAAGUGUGAUAAAGGUUCUGAAAACAAACAUGAAAUUGCUUUAGAGGAUUUCAUAAUGACUGGUAUUGAUAGAAGCAAUGUAGAUUCUAUGAUUUACAGCAUCUACAAGAACGAUGGUACUGAAGCUAAAACUGUUGUUCAGUCAGAACCUGAAGCUUCUAGUUCAAAAGCUAAGAUUACAUCAAAGCCAAAGAACUCCAAAACUAAGGUUAUGACAAAGUCUGAUCCUAAGACUACAAAGAUCAAGAUUCUGAAAAGGUCAGAACCUGGAAUCCUAAAGUCAAAGGGCCAGAAGAACAAAAGAGUUGCUGCUUCUAAGAAAACAAUACCUAAAGGUGUUAAACCGAAAGUGUUGAGUGAUCAGAAGCUACCCAACACUCAGCUCAAGGUGUGUCUAAGGGCAAAAGAGAAACAAAGGUCCUGGGAGCCUGAAAGUAAAACUCCAGAGCAAGAUGAAAGUACUGCAGGUACACAUGAUUCUGAAGAUGCAUCAGAAUCUGAUCAACCUUCUGAUAAUGAAAAGAGUCCAGAAGCUGAAUCAAGUCCAGAAGCUGAACCCACAUCAGAAGCUCAAGACGGAGUAGCAUCUGAUGAAGGUCAAGAUGAUUCUGAGCAAGCCAAUCAAUCUAAAAACACAUUCAAGUACAAGUUGUCACAACUUGAGGAUCAAAUCAUUGGAAACAAAGAAAGUCCCAAAAAAAACAAGAUCAUAUUUCAGACCAGAAGAGUCUUUGAUGGGAUUGUUGUCAGUAACUGA